CGCCUGCCGCCGCCGUCCGCCCCGGCAGCCUCCGCCCGCCGCCGCCCCGCUCCGAGGACCCCCUCGCCCCUUCCCCCUCAGCGCCAUGGCCUCGGGAUCCGAUUCUAAAGCAGAUGACUUAUCAACUGCUAUUCUGAAGCAGAAGAACAGGCCCAAUCGGUUAAUUGUUGAUGAAGCCAUCAAUGAAGACAACAGUGUUGUGUCACUGUCCCAGGCAAAAAUGGAUGAAUUGCAGCUGUUCAGAGGAGAUACUGUUCUGCUAAAAGGAAAGAAGAGGAGAGAAGCAGUCUGCAUUGUUCUGUCAGAUGAUACCUGCUCAGAUGAGAAGAUUCGCAUGAACAGGGUUGUUCGCAACAACCUGAGAGUGCGCCUGGGUGAUGUGAUCAGCAUCCAGCCCUGCCCAGAUGUGAAAUAUGGCAAACGUAUCCAUGUGCUGCCAAUUGAUGACACAGUAGAAGGGAUCACGGGAAAUCUGUUUGAGGUCUAUCUCAAGCCAUACUUCCUGGAGGCAUACAGACCCAUCAGGAAAGGUGACAUCUUCUUGGUGCGUGGAGGAAUGCGUGCGGUGGAAUUCAAAGUGGUGGAGACAGAUCCAAGUCCCUACUGCAUAGUGGCUCCGGACACAGUGAUCCAUUGUGAAGGAGAGCCCAUCAAACGAGAGGAUGAAGAAGAGUCACUGAAUGAAGUGGGCUAUGAUGACAUUGGUGGCUGCCGGAAGCAGCUGGCUCAGAUCAAAGAGAUGGUGGAACUUCCCCUCCGACACCCUGCGCUCUUCAAGGCCAUAGGGGUAAAGCCUCCACGGGGCAUCCUGCUGUAUGGUCCUCCUGGCACUGGUAAAACACUGAUUGCCCGAGCGGUGGCCAACGAAACUGGAGCCUUCUUCUUCCUUAUCAAUGGUCCUGAGAUCAUGAGCAAGCUGGCUGGUGAGUCUGAGAGCAACCUGAGGAAAGCAUUUGAAGAAGCCGAAAAGAAUGCUCCUGCCAUCAUCUUCAUUGAUGAACUGGAUGCCAUUGCUCCUAAGAGAGAGAAGACACAUGGAGAGGUGGAACGUCGCAUAGUGUCUCAGCUGUUGACUCUUAUGGAUGGACUGAAACAGAGAGCACAUGUGAUCGUUAUGGCAGCUACCAACAGACCUAACAGCAUUGACCCAGCACUCAGGCGAUUUGGUCGUUUUGACAGAGAGGUAGAUAUCGGUAUCCCAGAUGCAACUGGGCGCCUGGAGAUCCUGCAGAUCCACACAAAAAAUAUGAAACUGGCCGAUGAUGUGGAUCUGGAACAGGUGGCAAACGAGACCCAUGGACAUGUUGGUGCUGACUUGGCUGCUCUUUGCUCAGAAGCUGCUCUUCAGGCUAUCAGGAAGAAGAUGGAUCUCAUAGACCUAGAAGAUGAAACCAUUGAUGCUGAAGUGAUGAACUCACUGGCUGUGACCAUGGAUGACUUCAGGUGGGCUCUGAGCCAGAGCAACCCUUCUGCACUUCGGGAGACUGUGGUGGAGGUGCCACAAGUUACCUGGGAAGAUAUUGGUGGUCUAGAAGAUGUAAAGAGAGAACUCCAGGAGCUUGUACAGUAUCCUGUGGAGCACCCGGACAAGUUCCUCAAAUUUGGUAUGACUCCAUCAAAGGGGGUUCUGUUCUAUGGGCCACCUGGUUGUGGUAAGACACUUCUGGCCAAAGCUAUUGCCAAUGAAUGCCAGGCAAACUUCAUUUCCAUCAAGGGCCCAGAAUUGCUCACCAUGUGGUUUGGAGAGUCUGAAGCCAAUGUGCGUGAGAUCUUUGACAAGGCCCGCCAAGCAGCCCCUUGUGUGCUCUUCUUUGAUGAGCUGGACUCCAUCGCAAAGGCUCGAGGUGGGAAUAUCGGAGAUGGUGGCGGUGCUGCAGACCGUGUCAUCAACCAGAUCCUGACAGAGAUGGACGGCAUGUCCACCAAGAAGAACGUCUUCAUCAUCGGUGCCACCAACAGGCCGGACAUCAUCGACCCAGCCAUCUUGCGCCCUGGCCGCCUGGAUCAACUCAUCUACAUCCCCCUGCCUGAUGAGAAGUCCCGGGUCGCUAUUCUUAAGGCCAACCUGAGGAAAUCACCAGUUGCUAAGGAUGUUGACCUGGAUUUCCUAGCUAAGAUGACCAACGGCUUUUCAGGGGCUGACCUGACAGAAAUUUGCCAGCGUGCCUGCAAACUGGCCAUCCGCGAGUCCAUUGAGAGUGAGAUCAGGCGAGAGCGUGAGCGACAGACCAACCCUUCUGCCAUGGAGGUGGAGGAGGACGACCCGGUUCCUGAGAUACGCAGGGAUCACUUUGAGGAGGCCAUGCGCUUUGCUCGCCGCUCUGUCAGUGACAAUGACAUCAGGAAAUACGAGAUGUUUGCACAGACUCUACAGCAGAGCCGUGGCUUUGGCAGCUUCAGGUAACUGUGAGGGAAGUAGGGAAGGCAGCGUGGCUCAGCUAGCCCUAGGAGCAGAGCACUGAGGGCAGCUUUGCUGUUCUCUGGGUAAUGAUUCCCUCUUCCACCACAUUUUCUGGUUCCGCCCAGUGUGUACAGCAGCCAGCUGAGCACAUGGUGGUACAGGCUAUGCUGCAGGUCAGUUGUAGUUGCUCUGUUAGUGCUCCUGAAGCCCAUCAGCCCAUUUUCCUUUAAUGCAAGCAACAUCUGGCAGCAGUGUAAGCCUUUGCAUCACCUGCCUUAAGGCUUCAGCACAUUUAUCCCCUCUUUCCUACUUGGCAUCCGGGAGUUGGUGUGGAGGGGAGGGGAUUGUGCUGAACUGUGAGGAAGCUUCUGAAGAGCAUCUCUCCCCUUUUUCACUGCUGCCUGCAGGUUCCCGUCUGGAAACCAGGGAGGCGCUGGUCCAAGCCAAGGCACAGGAGGUGGCAGUGGGGGCAACGUGUACAGUGAAGACAAUGACGACGAUCUCUACGGUUAACUCGCUGUCCUCAUUGGACCAAACUCCAAAUCAGGCCACGUUGUACAGGGAAAAUCCAAUGUUCAGUGGACUCUCGGCUUCUUCAUUCCUCAGUCAGAACAGUGUAGCUGCACGUCAGACUUUGUACAGGGAAUGUUUUCUGCAAAUGCAAAUACAGACCGAUGUUCAGUUGGGAGGCAGACAGUGAAUUAACAAGGAGGGGAACCGACUUAAUUUCUGAGAAAUUUCUGUUCUAGUUUGUGUGGCAGAAUCAGCAGCUUUAGCAAAGGGUACAACGCUAGCCUGUAUUAAAAAUAAUAAUAAUAAAAAAAAGUAAAAAAUAAUAAAAA